AUAAAAAUUUAACUAUAAAAACAAAAAUCACUAUAAAAAAGAUAAUCAAUAAGUAAAUUGUAAUGAUAUAAAAAGCUGUAUUUUUUCCUUUUCUUGUUCGAGUUUUCAACUGCUAUAAACACACAACAUAGACACACAGACCUCGUCUGCUUCCUGCAGGUGCUUGCUUCUCAAAUAAGCUUCUCUACCAUUUUUCUUUCUUUUUUUUGUUUAUUUUUUUAAUCCAACAGCACCAAUUUUAUUUAUAUUCUAACCCUCAAGAGAAAAAUUUAGAUUACAGAACAAGAACAUUAUAAAAAAUUAAGAAGAAAAUUAAAAGACGUUUCGUGGAGAUAACCUUUUUUUUUAGAUUUGUCUCAUCUUAUCUUCACGUAAUUGCUUUCUGUUUUCUUUCUCUCUCUGUUCAAGUUUCGCUGUUAAAAUUGUGAACGAAGCUGCCUAUUUUUAUUAAUUUGGGUUUGAUUUUUAGGAUUUUUCUGAAAAAUCCUAAAAGCGCAAUCGGGGGUUUUGGGGGAUGAUUUUCGUGUGUGUUUUGUGAUUUGGUGAUUCUGAUAGUGGGUCGGUGUUGCUUUAGGGUUUUAUUCACAUUUUUGCUGGUGGGUCUGCUGUUGGGAAUUGGUGGUUUUUUCUAAGGGAUUGGAAAGUUGGAAGCUUUUUUGGAUAAAUGUUUGGUGGGUGUCUGUUUUUCUCAUGGUGAAUUUUUAGCAAUUGGUAUCUUGUUGAUUCAGUUCUCGGUCGGUUUCAGGCAAAGUUGGCUGUUUUACUGGGUAAGUACCUUGGAUUGAAGCUCUUAAAGAAGGUAAGCCUUCCAUUGGUUUUAAUACAAAUUUAGUGGGAAGUGUUUUUAAUUAUAUUCUGGGCUUGAUUGGGCAAAGUAACUGUAGAUUUUAGCUCAAGGUCUUUGUUGGGGAAUUCUGCUCCCAAAGAUAAGAUGAGUUCUAGCAUUACUGAAGUUUCAGUUCAUGAGGGUAAGCUUUUGGUCCACAUAGCGGAAAAUGGCCACUCCUAUGAACUUGAUUGUAAUGAAACAACCCCUGUGGAGGCGGUUAUGAGAUAUAUUGAAUCUGUCUCUGGGAUUAGUUUCAGCGAGCAACUUGUUUUGUGUUUGGAUAUGAAACUUGAAUCCCAACGGCCUCUUUCUGCUUAUAAGCUUCCAUCCAGUGACCGAGAGGUGUUUAUCUUUAAUAGAGCUAGGCUCCAGAACACUUCUCUGCCCCCUGAACCAGAACGAAUUGAUAUUCUUGAAGUUGCAGAUCCUUCAUCGCCAGGAUGUCCGCAUGACCCGCACCCCUUAGAUGAUGCUUUGGACCCGGCUUUGAAGGCGUUGCCUUCCUAUGAGAGGCAAUUUAGGUAUCAUUAUCAUAGGGGUCAUGCUAUAUAUAGUAGAACCCAUGCCGAGUAUGCACAUUGUGAGAGGUUCUUGAGAGAGCAAAAGGUGCAGGAGAGAGCAGUUGAUGUUGCUAGGGGUAAUUUGGAUCAAUACUAUAGGAUGAUUAGUCAGAAUUACUCAGAUUUCAUGAAGCGGUAUACAUUGCAGUACAGGAUACAUUCUGAACUGUUAACAAAUUACAAGAGGGAUUUAGAAAAACUGAGGUCUGUCAAAGUUCAUCCAGCUCUGCAGUCCACAUCACGCUCUUGUCUAGUAGAUUUUGUUAAGGAAGAAAACUUGAGGAAGGCUGUGGAGAAUUGUAGCAACUCUCAUAGGCAGUUUGAAAAGAAGGUUUCGGAAUUCAAGCAGAUGUUUGGUGAAGUGAAGCGCAAGGUCGAGGAGUUAUUUGCUUGCAGGGCCUCCUUUCCUAUUAAAAAUUUAGAGCUUACCAUCAGAGAGCAUCAAAAAUUCAUCAAUGAACAAAAGAGUAUAAUGCAAUCGUUAAGCAAAGAUGUAAACACGGUAAAGAAGCUUGUGGAUGAAUGUCUGUCCUCCCAAUUGUCCUCCUCACUUCGCCCUCAUGAUGCUGUUUCAGCUCUGGGUCCUAUGUAUGAUGUCCAUGACAAGAAUCAUUUGCCUAAAAUGGAGUCUUGUGGCCGUUCGAUUACCAAGCUCCUUGAGUUUUGCAAGGAUAAGAAAAAUGAGAUGACCGUCUUUGUACAUAAUUAUAUGCAAAAGAUAACAUAUGUUUCGUAUGUGAUUAAAGAUGCUAAGUUACAGUUUCCAGUUUUUAGAGAGGCAAUGGUGCGUCAGGGUGAUCUUUUUAUUGACCUGAAGUUGGUUCGUGGAAUUGGUCCUGCAUAUAGAGCCUGCCUUGCAGAAGUAGUGAGGAGGAGGGCUUCCAUGAAACUUUACAUGGGUAUGGCUGGACAACUGGCUGAAAGGCUUGCUACCAAGAGGGAUGUUGAGGUCAGGAGGCGGGAAGAGUUUCUGAAAGCACAUAGUCUCUAUAUACCCAGGGAUGUAUUAGCUGCCAUGGGACUAUAUGAUACUCCCAGUCAAUGCGAUGUCAAUAUAGCUCCUUUUGAUGCGAAUUUGCUUGAUAUUGACAUCUCAGACCUGGAUCGCUAUGCUCCUGAGCAUUUGGCUGGGUUGCCCUUAAAGAGUGAGAAGCAUGCAAGCCUGAAAGGUUCAUUUUCAAUGUCUAAUGAUAGUUCUCAUUCGGCCGAGGGAGAAGAGAUUGUUGUGGAUUCUCUUGACAAAGACGAUUCCGAUCUCCUUGAAGGCUGUGAGUUAGUAGAGAUCGCUGGAACUAGUAAGAUGGAAGUUGAGAAUGCAAAACUGAAAGCUGAACUUGCUUCUGCAAAAGCAAUCAUAUGCUCCCUCAGUCUGGAAGUUGAAUAUGAGUCAUUAGAUGAUAGUAAAGUGGAAAGUUUGUUGAGGGAUGCUGCAGAGAAGACAGCUGAAGCCUUGCAGCUGAAAGACGAGUAUGGGAAGCAUAUUCAAUCUAUGCUUAAGGCAAAGCAACUGCAGUGCUUAUCAUAUGAGAAGCGGAUUCAAGAGUUAGAGCAAAGGUUGUCUGAUCAGUACCUGCAGGGACAAAAACUUUCAAGUAGUAAUGUUGAAUCUGACUUCGACAAUCCAUCUGUGAAAUCCAAUAUCUGCAAACCCACUCAAAAUGAUGGAGAAGCCAUUGUUCCUUAUAUAUCAACGUCAGAGCCCAUGGAUGAGGUCUCUUGCAUCUCUAAUUCUAUGGAUUUGAAACUAGGGCUUCUCACUAGGCAACCGAGCAAAGGUCGAGAUGGGGUCGAUGAAAAUAUGAUGGAUUCCUCUGGAAUGCUAAAUACUCAAUUGGAUUCACUGAUGACAGAGCCACAUCGUGAAGAAUUGGAGGUUAGUGAUAAAGAGGGUAAAGAUAAGUUGGUGGCACAGCUGGGCAUGUCAUUGGCCAGCAGUUCCACAGCUGAGAGCAUGCCUGAACCUCAGAAUAUCCUUGCUUCAGAUACUGCAGAUGAGCCUAAAACUAGUGAUGAUUUGUUGGAGUUGCAAAGAGAACUUGAUGAGAAAUCUAAUCAGUUGGGUGACACUGAAAAGAAGCUUAAAGCUGCGGUGGAGGAUGUUGCAGUUCUUACUGGAGAAUUAGAAAUGAGCCGGAAGCUUCUUGAUGAAUCUCAGAUGAAUUGUGCCCACUUAGAGAAUUGUUUACAUGAAGCAAGAGAAGAGGCCCAAACACAUCUUUGUGCAGCUGACCGCAGGGCCUCAGAGUAUAGUGCCUUGCGUGCAUCUGCUGUGAAAAUGCGUGGCCUUUUUGAAAGACUUAAGACAUGUGUAUAUGCACCAGUUGGCGUUGCUGCUUUUGCUGAUUCCUUGCGCGCUUUAGCUCAAUCUUUGGGAACCACCACGAAUGACAAUGAAGAUGAUAGUACCGCUGAGUUCCGGAAAUGCAUCCGUGCUCUUGCAGAGAAAGUUAGUUUCUUGUCUAGGCAUCGUCAAGAGCUGCUCGACAAGAAUCCGAAACUAGAAGCUGCAAAUGAACAGCUUAGAAAAGACCUUGAAGAAAAAAAGGAGCUUGUUACCACUUUAUAUAAAAAGCAUCAACUCGAGAAGCAGGCAAACAAGGAAAGAAUAUCUUUUAACCGGCUAGAAAUUCACGAGAUUGCUGCAUUUGUUCUCAACGGAACGGGGCAUUAUGAGGCGAUAAACCGGAACAGUUUUAACUAUUAUUUGUCUACUGAAUCUGUCGCCUUAUUUACUGACCAUCUUCCGAGCCGACCGAGGUACAUUGUUGGGCAGAUUGUGCAUAUUGAACGCCAGACGGUGAAGACAUCGCCUCCUACGUCGGCCAGGGCAGAGCACAGUAGGGCAAAUCCAGUGGAUCAGCUAACCUCUGAUACAGAGACUGACCAAUUAACCCUGAAUUUGGGAUCGAUAUCAAACCCAUACAAUCUUCCAAUCGGGUGCGAGUACUUCGUAGUGACGGUAGCUAUGUUACCCGAUACCAGCAUUCGAUCACCGCCAACUUCCUGAUCCCUGCUUCAGGCAGAUAAGACAUGACGGAAGAAACCAAGUGUAUAUAUGGUUUAAUUAUAUGCAUAUAAAUAUUUCUAAACCUUUUUCCUUUGCUCCUCUGUACAGCUGAUUAUCCAAUCUCAAGUUUAAUUCUCUUUUUUUUUUUUUUUUUGUAAAUAAAUUACCCUAUUUAAAACUGUAAAAAAAUGUGAAUAUUUCUUUUAAUCCUAAUUUUUUAAUUGAUCGGGCUCAUUUGUUCCAUUAA